AUGGCUGUGACAGGCUACUAUCUUGAUCAGGAGUGGGAGUAUCAAGAGAUCCUUCUUGGCUUUGAACCACUUUCUAGGACACACUCUGGUAUUAAUCUUGGCGAGGUGGUUCUUAAAAUUCUUCACCAGCAUCAAAUCACAAAUCGAGUGCUUGCUAUUACCACCGAUAAUGCAUCAAACAAUAAUACGAUGAUUUCGAGCAUUCAAGAGUCAAUCCAAUCUCUUGAGCUCAAUAAUAACUCGAAUAUCAUUCGGGUUCCAUGUAUUGCCCAUGUUAUUCAGCUGAGCCUUAAAGACCUCCUUGGCCAAAUGAAAGCAAACCCAAAGAAUGAGAUGGUAGAGAUGCAAUGGUCAGAAGACCGUAUAGGACCUAUUCAUGCUACGAAUCAGCGAAGAAUGAUUGUCGAUACACUUAAUAAGGUCCGGAACCUUGCUGUCUACAUCAAUGCCAGUCCUCAACGCUGGGAAGCGUUCUGUAACCUACAGGCUGAAGGGCCAAAGCUUGUGCCUAUACAGGAUGUCAGAACUCGCUGGAACUCAACCUUUUUGAUGCUUCGACGUGCUAAAAAACUCCAAUCAGCAUUUGAUAAGUUCUGUUCACAAUAUAAUCAGCUCAUUUUACAUUGA